UUCUGGUGGAAAAAUUUUAUUCAGUUCUGGAAUGGACAGGAAAAAGGGGAGUAAGGGAGGGUAAUAAAACAAACCUGAGAUGAAGAAAUGAUAGAGGAGAGUUGGAUCAGCUUCAUUUAUUGGAGGUGGGCAGUGCCGGCCUCGAAGAGGAAGCAAUCUCCCGCCGUGGAGGAGCCUCGGGUUCAAACUGACGGAGAUGGACAUUUACAGAGAUUACAGCGGCGUCACCCUUUACACCAGAAAGCUGGCGGGCACUAUGGGAAAAAAGCAAAACAAGAAGAAAGUGGAGGAGGUACUAGAAGAGGAGGAAGAGGAAUAUGUGGUGGAAAAAGUUCUUGACCGUCGAGUUGUAAAGGGCAAAGUGGAAUACCUUCUAAAGUGGAAGGGUUUCUCAGAUGAGGACAAUACAUGGGAGCCAGAAGAGAACCUGGAUUGUCCCGACCUCAUUGCUGAGUUUCUACAGUCACAGAAAACGGCACAUGAGACAGACAAAUCAGAGGGGGGCAAGCGUAAAGCUGAUUCUGAUUCUGAAGAUAAGGGAGAGGAAAGCAAACCAAAGAAGAAGAAAGAAGAGUCAGAAAAGCCACGAGGCUUUGCCCGGGGUUUGGAGCCGGAGCGGAUUAUUGGAGCUACAGACUCCAGCGGAGAGCUCAUGUUCCUGAUGAAAUGGAAAAACUCUGAUGAGGCUGAUCUAGUCCCUGCCAAGGAAGCUAAUGUCAAGUGCCCACAGGUUGUCAUAUCCUUCUAUGAGGAAAGGUUGACGUGGCAUUCCUACCCCUCAGAGGAUGACGACAAAAAAGACGACAAGAAUUAACUCUCCAGAGUAGCAGCCCCUGUCACCUCUGACUGUGGGUUGGAAAUGGGGAGGAAGGAGUUCUCCUUGUCUUGACACCAUAAGGUGGCUUGAGAAGAUGUCCUUUGAAGAGCCAGUAUCGUUUCUAUGCCCUGCAGCAGCCCAAGUGCUUUAAAGCCGUUCCACGCUCUAUAGUUUGCACACCCAUCCCAGUGGAGGGGGAAGGGUUAAGUGUUUCAAGGCAACCCACUCUGCAUUUUGCUGAGAAAGGCAAAGGGCCUUCUAUGAAGGACAGGACUUGCAGAAGUGGGUGUGUGGGAGAGCAAAAAGAUACUGUUGAUCUUCAAAGAGCAUCUCCACAACCCACAGCCUUCUUCCCAAUAGUGUUAACUGCAUUUUUACAGCGUAGCAUGUGUGUAGUUUUGGCUAUUACUGGUGUAUUGUUUGGGGUUGGGAGGGGUGGGCUGGGAGGAGGGGAGGCGAAGAUAGGAUCAUUUGGAUUUAAAUUUGGGGCUUGAUUGGGGAACCGGUGAAACAAUGGAGAGAACACCGAAUGAUUUGGUUCCAUGUUCAGAAUAUUUUACCUUUUCAAAAAAAAAAUAACAUAGACACCAUAAAUAGGGGCUGUGUAGAGACUGCUGAAAAGCUGUGAAUGAGAUGUUCCCUGACUCGGCUUCAUGCUGCCUAUGAGGCUAAGCCAGUUCCUAAAUUACCAAAGCUGCCACUGUGGAGAGGGCAACAAAUUGAGGCUGGGGGGGGGGGCGCAAGGGGGGGUCCUUUAUUGGAGAGUAUACACAGGCAGACCAUUCUGUCUUCAAGGUGCUAAAUCUUGAAAUUAGAAAAGGAUCCCUCUUUUUUUUUUUUUCUUCCAAUUAUGUUUUCAAUUUGUCCACUUAAGCCACUGGCUUGAAUUGUUUGGGGAGGGCUGAGGGAUUGUAGGAGAUAGAAGAGCUUCAUGCUCUUACAGUAAAGCCUUGUGAUCUGUUUUUUGAUCUUUGAACUCUGAGACCAUUAGUGUCAGGGUUCAGUCACAGCACAAAUUCAUUGAGUCGCUCCAAGGGUUAAUUAUUCCAAAAGCUCUGGUCUCAGGAGAUUAACCUUUCAUACUAGGGCAGUGCUUUCCUCAAAAAGUACAAAAAAAAAAAAGUACAAAACAAUUGUAAGAUUUAACAGCUACCCAAAAGUAUCCUUUUGUCUUUUUUUUUGGUGUCCCCCUUCCCCCCCACUGAGACAAGGUCUUGAUAUAUAACUUAGGCUGGCCUUGAACUCUCAAUCCUCCUGCCUCAGCCUUCCAAAUGCUGGGAUUAUAGGCAUAUACCACCAUGUCCAGCUAAAAUUACUCUAUGGAUUCUUGACAUUAAGACCUACAUCUACAUUGUAAAAUCUUUUUAGGCAUGUGUUAGACAUCUGUGAAACUUUUGUUUAACUGUACACUUCAUACCAUACUGUCAGUUUUUGUCUUAAUAAAACUAUAGAUUUAUAA